AUGGCCAGCUUGUGGUCGACCGUGCGACGGUUCGAGUUCUUCCUUGUAUCACUGGUGUUUCAUCUAAUUUUUACAUGGUCCAUCUUUGAUGUGUACUUUCGCUCGCCAGUUGUUCACCCGGGACCUCGGUUCAACGCGACACACGCGCUGCAGGCUGCACCCUGGACGGAGCCGCCUCCCUCGGACCGGCUCGUGCUUAUUGUAGCCGAUGGCCUCCGUGCCGACACGCUUUUCCAGCGACACAGCACCCAAGCACUUCCUGAAUGGGCAAAAAUGUCUGUUCAUGGGAAUUCCAGUGAAUACGCCGGCAGAUACCCCGCUGCCUUUACGCGCACGACAGCGACGCCGACGGAGCCUCCUGAGGACCAGCCCGGUUACGCCUAUGCGGCGCCGUUUUUGCGCAGUAUUGCUAAAGGACCUGGUAUAUUUGGUGUUAGUCACACUCGCGUUCCCACUGAGAGUCGCCCUGGACAUGUGGCGCUGAUUGCUGGCAUGUACGAAGACAUUAGCGCUGUGACUAAAGGCUGGAAGGUGAACCCCCUCGCGUUCGACUCUCUGCUGAACCAAUCUACGCGCGCAUACGCGUACGGGUCGCCUGAUAUUGUGCCGAUGUUUGUACUGGGCACGUCUCCAGACAAGGUGGAAUGGGAGGUGUACGAGGAAGACGCCGAGGAUUUCACGAAAGAUGCCAUCGAGCUGGAUGUGUGGGUACUGAAUCGUAUGAAGGCGCUUCUUUCACGAGGGCGGCAUGAUUCGCAAGUGGGUGCACAGCUUCGCCAGUCAGGUAAUGUCUUCUUUUUGCAUCUGCUUGGCCUAGAUACCACCGGACAUACGUACCGGCCUAUGUCGCCCGAGUACAUUGGCAACACGAUUGUGGUGGAUGCCAUUGUGGAGCAGGUACAUGCACUGUUCCGAGAGUAUUUCCAAGAUGAUCGCACUACAUUUGUGCUCACCGCUGACCAUGGUAUGAGCCGCAAAGGGAACCAUGGCGACGGUGAUCCAGACAACACUCGUACUCCUCUUGUGGCUUGGGGUGCUGGUGUACCACACGCACAAAUUCUGUCGCGUAGGCGCUUUGUUGCCUCGCCGUAUGACCAGCACUGGGGUCUGGACCACUUUGCGCGCACAGAUGUCGAGCAGGCCGACUUGACGCCCCUCAUGGCGUCAUGGCUUGGAAUUUCUGUGCCUGCGAAUGCUGAGGGUCGCCUGCCUUUGGACCUAUUGGCGGCCCCCGAGGCGUACAAGGCCCGCGCGGCUUUAGCAACGGCCCAGCAAGUUCUAGAGGUGUACCGGGUCAAGCAUACCGACCGAGCGGAGCGCAUGCUCUUCUUUGAGCCCUAUCCGGCUUUAAGAGAUGCGAGCGGCAUCCCAGGAGCUGCACAAUUGCGGGAUAUCCAGGCGUUGAUUCUAAACGGACAAUUCGAUGAGGCUAUUGAGGACAGUGAAGCGCUGGCCAACGACGCCCUCUAUGGGGCCAAGUAUCUGCACCAGUACGAUGCGCCCAUCCUACGGGUUAUUAUCGUGCUUGGCUAUGUGGGCCUCUUUCUUCUUGGUGUCGUACAGCUUCUUCAUCUCCAGGACGAUGCGCCAAACCAAGCAGUGGCGCAGAGUCCCACACUAGCGUUGAUGGCACUGACAGUAGGCCUGCUGGCCAUGGUAUGGGGCAAGUUUGCACUGGAUCAUUCCCCCGGUAUGUAUUUUGUCUACAGCGGGGCGACUGGUGCCGUUUGGAUACUUUUGUCCCUGCGCAGUUCCGUCCUUGUGCGCUUCCUGUCACAACAGUUUUCGUUGAGCGACCGCAUCUGGACAGUAGCGUACCUGACACUUGCGCUACUGGUCCUGGAAGUGGCAGUCUACGGCUACUUGCGGCGCUUAACUUGGGCAGCCAUUGUCUUAUUCAUGGCAUUCUUCCCAAUGCUUGCAUCGCCCAUGUCAUUUAAAGACUCACACCAAAUUGCACUUCUUGUAUGGAUUUUGACUUGUGUUGGAGCAGCAUGGUUCAUGUCGCUGCCGACCGAAAAGAACGAAAACCUAACCAUCUUGUGGAUUGGUGGACUGCUUCUCUGGCUCGUGGGACUGAUGCUUUACGCCAUGCCUGAGACUUUCUUUUUGCCACCGGACUAUUUGGGUCGCGACAAGCGGACAUAUGCUAUGAUGCACGCGCCUACGCUGGCCGAGCUUGAGCGCAUGUCAGCCCUGCCGAACGAUAAGGAAGAGGAUGUCGACCUCUUCUGGCCGCGAACACGUGCAGCACUUCUGAUCCAGCUCUUAUUUCUGGGCGUGUCCAUUGUGGUAACAGUCUCGUCGGCGAACUCAUUGGCAGCCAAGCAGGGCCUGCCUCGCCUCAACCAAAUUGUUGGAUGGGGUGUAUUAGUUUGCUCAACGACAGUUCCAUUUCUGCUUGGCUUCCAGCGCCCACGCAACAAAGUUGCACAGCCUGCUCGAGAGCGUCUCAUCCUAUUUGUGUACGCCUUUGCGCCAGUCUUCGUAAUUCUCUCUUUGGGCGACGAAGUGCUCUUUUACUUAUGCUAUGCGCUCAUGGCCUUAACAUGGGGUCAUUGCGAAGCAGAGCUGGCGCGUGAGCGAUCAAUUCACUCCCGUGAGCGACAAAGCAAGCAUAUGCUAACGCCACCCGUGCCACCACCUCGUGGACUCAUCCUUGACGAUGUGCGCUUGGGUUUGGUAUACUUCUUGCUCCUUCAUGUGGGCUUUUUCGGCACAGGCAAUGUCGCAUCCAUAUCGAGUUUCUACCUGUCGCCUGUAUACCGCCUCGUGCCUGUGUUCCAGCCCUUCCUUAUGGCUUCUUUGCUGCUGCUGAAGCUCAUUGUGCCAUUCGUACUACUGAGCUGUGUCCUGGCCGCCGUCUGCAUGCAGCCCGUUGAACCACGCGCUAUGGCACCAGUGUCUACUCGUAUCCCUAUUGUGGCCAGCGGGCUUGGACUCCGCGAUAUCUACAUCCCGCUCAUUAUCGCGGGCCUUGCUGGAGAUGUGCUGGCGCUUAACUUCUUCUUUGCUAUCCGCGACGAGGGCAGCUGGCUGGAGAUUGGCCAGUCUAUCACCCAUUUUGUGAUGGCCAAUUUAUUGCAAGUGUAUAUGCUUGCCAUCGCCACGCUAAGCGCUUGGAUUAUGGGCAUUCGUGCUAACGCACGGCCUGCUGCCACCGCCAGUGUCGCUACGGCCGCAUCGGCGGUCUCGGCGGGCUGCGAUGCCUCCACAUAG